AGAAAGCUUCCUUUCAAAUGACUUUAAUACUAAUUUUAUGCCAAUUAUCGUCCUAAACUGAUAAGAAUUCCUUGUUAUGUGCUUGACAUUAUAAACCGCAAUGGACAUCAUCUACUCCACUGGAUUGAAACCUCAUCUCAUAAAAUCGUACAAAGAUGUUGACGGGAAGACACGCUCGGGGGUACGAAUCUGGGGGUGGCGUUUGAUCCAAAUGAUUGCAAACAUUUGCGCCUUCGUCGCCGUGACGGUAGCUUUUUGGUUUGUCAGCAGCAAUCACAAGGGUGGCGUCGAUAGGAAAUCGGUCAUAAAGGUGACGAUUUGGUUCGGUAUUAUAACAUUUUUGACCAUCCUCACCCUGUCCGGACUUCCCCUCUUCCUUUACGCCAAGUACAUCAGGUCAAAGUUCACAUGGGAGGUCACGACAGGAAUUUACAACAUGGUUUUUUGCCACGUAAUCUUUUACGCCAUGGUGUUGGGAUGUACUGAUUUUUUCGUGCUGGACGUGACCGAUGUUAAUGGACCGCUGGGCGAAGAUCUCUGUGGCGUUGAAGUGAACAGACCCAGAGAUAACAUAACGACCACAACGACAACGACACCCAGACCAAGACCAAGAAUAACGGGAAUGUCAAUCCAUACUGUCCCAAGACCAGUGUUUUGGACCGUUUUUGCUGCAGGGGCCUUUUGCCUCAUCGCAUCCCUCGUCCACUUUUUCUCAGCCCUGUAUCCGACCCCGGUUCCGGAUAAGCUUCGUCUCCAAAAGGUCGCGCCGUCGAACGAAGCUCCGACAAAGGUCGAACCUGGGAAAGACAGUGGAAUCAGAGGAGUUGACGACAUGGGGGGCGAAAGUGGAACCACCACCGUCACCGAGGCCACGAUGGAUGAGAGUGGGAUGUUAUCAACGACGCCGAGUGAUCAACGAGGGGUGCCUACGACUUGAAUUAUGUAUGAAAUUAUCAAAAACUUGAAAAA